AACCCCUGCAUUGGAAGGCAAAGUCUUAACCACUGGACCACCAGGGAAGUCCCUGAACAUUGGUUUUUGAAUGGAGAAAGAUGUGACAGAAAAUACAUAUCUCUUUAAUCCUGGCUACUUUGUUGGGGGAAGGAGCAAAAAUGAUCCACUUUUUCAGACCAAAAUGCAGGGCGUUUCCCUCUUUGGCUGACACUGGACCCCUUGUCUACAUCUAGCUUGGCACAGAGGGACAGCCAGAGCCUGAAAAGUGUGGCUGAGACCUACACAGCACCGUUGGACUUGAAGAUGGCCCUUAUACAGACCAAUAAGGAUCUCAUUUCCAAAGGAAUAAAGGAAUUCAACACCCUGCUAAAUCAGCAGGUCUUCAGUGAUCCUGCCAUCUCUGAAGAAGCCAUGGUGACUGUGGUGAACGACUGGGUGAGCUUCUACAUCAACUAUUACAAGAAGCAGCUGUCGGGGGAGCAACAGGAGCAGGACAAGUUUCUGCAGGAGUUUCGGCAAGAGCUCGAUACCCUGUCUGCCUCUUUCCUGGAGAAAUACAGGAACUUCCUGAAGUCCUCGUGAGCAGCCCCUCACACGCUGCCUUUCUCCUAGCCCAGAGACCCAGGCUGCAAGUCUAAGAAACCCUUAAACGCUGCCUCUGUGUUCUAGUCCUCGGGCUCUGCUCCUUCAUGGUAUUGCUGCACCCUGACACCUCAAUAAAGACCAGUUCUGGUUGUG